GGGCCUUCAUUAUUGAUUUUAUACGUCGUGCCCUGAUGUGAAGCAAUAUGGUUUCUAUGGAACUAGAUGUUUGAUCAAUAAUUUUAUACAGGAUAUGAACUAACAGCUAAUUUAAAAUGAAUAGUUUAACUUAAAUGUAAACACUAUACACUAGAUGUUAAACUGAAUGAAUUUUAGAAAAAGAUGAGUAAACAAGGAAGUGAAAAGAAAAAAGAAAUAAAUUCUAAAGAUGACAAAAAAUCAAAGAAGCAGACACCAACAACAAUAAAAACACGGAAAGAGGGUAAAAAAUCAAGAAACUUGGUGGAUGUGUUCAAUGAAUGUGCUAUGGAUAAUGCUUACCAUACAUGUCACAAUGUACAAGAUCUACUGAAAUGUCGAGGCUUUCCAUGGCCACAGGCACAAAAGAAGAAGAAAAAGAAAGGUGGCAAAAAGGGCAAAUAA